AUGGAAGAAUUAAGUUUAGACGGGCAAAUGAGUUCCAUCGUACAAGGCCACACAGACGAAUUAUGGGGCUUGGCAGUGCAUCCAGUGACACACCAGUUCCUCUCCGGUGGCCGCGAUAAGACCAUCUUCCUCUGGGAUGCGCUUUCACGUCGGGUCAUUUGGUCUAAAGAGCUCACCGAGGAAAUACACUGUGCUGCAUUCUACCCGGUCCUCGUAAGCAAAGUCAACGGAACGGCAGAGGGCGACACGAAUGCUCUUCAGCAUAGUGCAUCGGAAGACUUGGUGGUUGUGGUUGGAACAGCUUCGGGCCGAUGGCUCGUGGUUGAUAUCACCUCGCACGAGAUCAUCGCCGUUCACUCAGACGGUGGUGGGGAGCAAAUUGAGUGUAUUGCCUUCUCUCCAGGUGAGUCCAUCUAUACUUCUGCCUCGGCUUUAUUUUUUUCUUUCAUUUGA